ACUCGGUCGUUGCGAGUUCGAAUUCGAAGUUCCCUCGAAUGUCCCCGGAGAGGAACUCGAGAGCUCGCCUCCAGCUAGCCUAAGCGUCACCGUGGUGACACCCGGAAGACGUCUCCGAGAGCUUUCCGAACGUUCGCGCAGUGAACGUCGAGUAAUAGUUGGGCUUCGGGCUUGUUCUUUCCGGCCGAAGCGCCGCUGCAUGGGAACUCCGUUCCUUCUCCCUUCGACGCUUAUUUGCAUAUUUCCUUGGCUCCAGCGGCAAAAAGUGCAGCCCGUUUCAGCUGAAAAGAGCGGGCCACCCGUCGCGUGAAUGUUGUACUUUCCCAGUCAACAAUUAACCCCGUUCUUCCCCGCUGCAUUCUUUGCAUCAUCCUCAGCACUGGUUUCUCUCUUUCCCUCCGUUUUGCCAGUAAGUUUCCACUAUAUACCCGUCUCUCUUCAAGUUCCGAAAGUGUACAUCAGCAGGGAAGGACUCAUGUGAUUGUUGCGUGUGAUGUGCUAUAUCGCGCUUUUGUUGAAUGCGAAGUUACAAUUUCGUCACCGUUGCUCGAUGUUCACUGGCUCGCGCUGUUUAUUGGCUGCACAUUCUUCUCGGGAAGUACUCGAAGAACUCGCCUCACCGCGGUGAAAUCGGAGCAAUGCGUGCUGCACACGCGGCGAGCACGGAGUUUGCACGCUCGCGACCUUCCGAGACGCGCUUAUAGAGGAGUGUAACGCUUUCGCUCGAAAGUGCGCGUUCGUUUGAGCUCACGAGUGCAGAAAGUGCAGGAGGACGCGUCGGAGGCCGCAGUCGUUCUGCACUUUCCUCGCCGACGUCCGCGAGUGCUCUCGCCUCAGCCCACGUUUUCCACCCUGAGGAUCGAGCGGACGGGCGGUUCGUUGUCUUUCGGCCGCACUUUCUCUCAGUCUUCCCCGCUGCUCUUCUCCCGCCGGACGCUCGGCUCGAGAGCAGCCAAGUGUGCGUGAGUGCAGAGAGUAACUUCCAUAGAUGUUGCCACCACAUUCAACGGCUUUGUUUCACCGCAACCUGUCACGAUGCUGAUCACAUAGCGCAGACUGCACCGCACACAGAGGCUCGCAGACCUCCCAAGUGUACCAUGCGUGGCAAGGCGUAGGGUCCUCCUGUGGGUCUGCUGCCACCUAGAACCGAUCGCAAUACCUUUAAUGUCCAGUGCACACCAGCCAGCUGUCAGCUGCGAACCCGAGCUCUACCUCAGCAUCAUUUGCAAACCGCAGUGCUUUUCUCGUGGCCGAGAGCGAGUAAGAGACAGACCAGGGAGACCACACGCUUCUCUUUCACUGAGCAUCAGCAGACGAAAAUGAACAGCAGGCUCGAGGAAACGGAGUCGAAGUGGACCUGCGAGUACUGCACGUACGCCAACUGGCCGUCGUCGCUCAAGUGCACCAUGUGCCGGGGCGCGAAGCCGCUGUUGGGCGAGGAUAUCUACCGCCUGCGCGAGCCAAGUCCGCAGCGGGCCUCGUCCAACGUCGCCUCCGGCCCCGUGACCCAUCACCACCACCAUCACCAACAGCAGCAGCGGGCGAGUCCCAUCGCGGAUCCCGCGUACGGCCACAAUUACAGUCAGAACGUGCCGUCCGCGGGCAAGUGGUCGUGCAGCAUGUGCACGUACCUCAACUAUCAGAACACCACGCGCUGCGUGCAGUGCGGCAACCGGAAGCUCGCCAUCAUCGCCACCGGCGCCAGUGCGACCAAUACUAUCGCCAACGCCAUCGUCACCAGCACCACAACCAGCAGUACCACCACCACCACCACCACCACCGCCGCGGCGACCGGCAUGCUCGGCCAGUCGAUCCACUCACUGGCGUCGAACCUGCACGAGCACUUGGCGCCGCUGCGGCUCGCCGAUGGCCCGCCCAACUUCGGCUCGAACAACUCGCAGUCCACGCCGGUCAUCAAUCUGCACCCCGAACGGGCUUACUACGUGCAGCAGCAACAGCAGGCUAAUAUACAUCCGGAGAAGUGGUCCUGUCACGCGUGUACUUACGAAAACUGGCCCAAGGCCACCAAGUGCGUCAUGUGCGGCCAGCCCAAGGACAGGGAUAAUAGGCGGGACAACAGGUCAGCCGUGAGUAACUUGGGGGUACCGAGUCCCGAGAGGGACCAUGGCCAGCAACGGGGCCUGCCCUCGCCGCCCCAUGCGCCUUACAUUCACCAGACGCAGCGGGAGGACAAUUCGGCGAUAGGCAGGAGAACUCCACACAGGUACGCAGAUAGUCGUAACGACAGUCUUUCCACUCCUCAAUCCCCCAAUAACUGUGAUUACGAGCGCCGAUUGAAGCAGCUGCGACGUCACACCGACUGGUGCUGGCUGAACGCCUGUCUCGGCAUCGUCGAGGGCGACAACACCCCCGUAGAAGCUUACCUGGCGAGCGGCGGCGACCCUGCUCGCCAAUUGACUCAUUCUGAGGCUUUACUCCUCAACAGAAGUAGUGCUUUUGACGUCGGGCACACCUUGGUGCACUUGGCUAUUAGGUUUCAGAGAGAGGAUAUUUUAGCUACGUUGUUGUCGCAAAUAGAAGGUUCGGGCUCGGGAGUGAAAAGAGUGCCGAGUUAUGUCGCACCCGAUCUGGCGGGUCAGAUACGCCGGCACGUUACCAACAGUAUACGCCUACGGAAGGGCUCGUUUCCUUGUUAUUUUGUCACGGACAUGGCCACGUUUGCCUUACCAGCUGAGGUCGAGGACUUACCAAGCAUCGUGCAGGAGCAAAUGCUAGAGGAAUUGUUAGAUAAGGAGGCCCAACAACAAUUGGAAGGCGGUGGCGGCGAACCGGCAGCUUUAAAUUGGUCUCUAGAGAUUACCGAACGGUUAGGCAGUCGUUUGCACGCUCUCUGGAACCGAUCAGCGGGCGAUUGUCUCUUAGACUCCGCCAUGCAGGCCACCUGGGGUGUCUUCGACAGGGAUAAUGCUCUAAGGAGAGCGCUCGCCGACACUCUUCAACAAGCAGGCCAAUUCUUUUAUCCCCGCUGGAGAGAGUACGAGGCAUCGCAGGCAUCUAGAAUGUUAGAUUUCACUUUAGAAGAGACGCAAUGGCAGGAGGACUGGGAGAGCUUGCUGGCUACAGCUGCUCAACCUGGCAGCGCGUUAGAACAAUUGCAUGUAUUCGCUCUCGCUCAUAUACUGAGGCGACCUAUUAUCGUCUACGGGGUCAAAUACGUCAAGAGUUUUCGCGGCGAGGACAUAGGCUACGCGAGAUUCGAGGGCGUCUACCUACCACUUCUCUGGGAACCCUCGUUCUGCAUUCGUUCACCAAUCGCCCUUGGCUACACGCGAGGUCACUUUACGGCGCUAGUGCCGAUCGAGCCUUACGCCUCGUCGCGAAUACCACCUUUGCCGUCCCAUCACCACCACGGCGGCGGGAAUACUCCGCUCGAGCAGUUGCAGCUGCAGAUGCAGACGACAUUCAUGCCGCUGAUGGAUCGGGAGCAUAAGCUCCUACCGAUACACUUCCUCAAUCCUGACGAGGUCGGCCGUGAAGAAUCCAUUUACAAAGAAUGGCUGGACGUCUGCAGGACUGAAGGUGGUAUCCUUGUCGCUCAGCAGAAGCUCCACAAGCGACCGCUGCUCGUGGCGCAGAUGUUGGAGGAGUGGCUGAAUCAUUAUCGUAGAUUAGCUCAAACUAACGACGCACCAUUUUCAAGACCACCGACAUUGCAGGAUUAUAGCAGCGACGGCGAUACCGAGGACGAGUAGUAGUGAGGUAAUCCCACGCAUUGGGACUAUGACAUGAGAAGCAUCCUUUCGCAGAAAUUUCGCGGUAUUUCAUUUGUUUUCUCGCCCGGACUCUCGAAGAGGGCUUGGAAAUUCCUCUCCUCUCUCUUUUCCUCUGUAUUUUAUUCAUUUUUGCUUUACGACAUGUACAGGAGCCUUGGAAGCUACCUGUAAUUUUAACGUAAAGAUAAAGAUAAAAUACAGGGACGAGAACGUUCCCUCCGAGUAUCACUUGCAAAGAUGCACUUAUGAUCGAAGUACCAAUCGCCACACCUUUGUGAAACAUGGAUGCUUCUCGGCGGAAUUAGGCUUAGGAAAGUGAGAUCGGAGACCACGUGAGAUACUUCGUCGGGUAACUCGAGCACCAUUGAGUUAUACCGCCACGUCCAUA